AUGGAACAAAGACAAACAAAGGAAAGGAUCCAGAGGGAUCCUCCCUGUGUCAAGAGACACCCUGAAGCCUCCGAGGCUCUGGAUGCAAAUUCGGGGAGGGUGGGGGUCUCCAACCAGGCCGACGAAAGCUGCAGCAGGUUCCCCACCUAUCACGAACGGUGUAGGUUCCCCAAAGACCAUUUUUUCUACAACGUCACCUCCAAGAGCUGCCAGAGAUUCCGUGACUACGGCUGCCCCAUGAACGUGAACAGCUACCGCACCCUGAAGAAAUGCCAGCAAUUUUGCUCAGAGAUUGAUGUCUGCCAGAUGCCUCCUGAAAAGGGGGAUUGUGAUAACAAAAGGCACCGCUGGUUUUACGACCCAAGCACCAAGGAUUGCAAGACCUUCACUUUCGGGGGCUGCGGGGGGAACCUCAACAACUUCAACACAGGUCGGGAGUGCCGGCUGAGGUGCCGCAAUAGAGGGUCUCCCUAAGGGCUCCGUGGAUGGAAGCUCGGCCUGCUUUGCGCUGAAGGAAAAGAGAGGCCGGUUCAGGAUGAGACCAGGCGCACAAAGCCUCCAGUCCAGGCGCCUUUCAAAGGGAGGGAAUUCUGGAAUAAAUGAUUUCCCGAAGGAGACGGUGGUGCCAGAUGCUGUCUGUGUGUUUCCUGGGAGUAUCUUUUCCGGGCAAGGGAAAGGCUGCCCCACCCUCAUCCUUCACCAUUAAAGCACGGAAGUUGCCAGAUCUGCCAGCCACAUUCAUGGUGGCCUCCAUGCGUCUGUAGAAAUUGAACCAAUAAAUAAAUAAAUGUACCCACUGGCCACA